AGGCGCAAUUUCCAUGGCGCUUCACUUUUGGAUGGCAAUUCAACUUCCUUCAACUUCGUAUAUCUCUAACAACCGUCUGCUCCACAUGCCUGCCAUCUCAGCAAACCUACGGACAUUGUCUUCUCGCUGCUCCGUCGUUACUUGUGCUCGCCGUCGUAGCAGCAAAAGCAACUCUCCAAUCUCUUCCUCCAAGAAAAAGAAGCAAGGCUUGGGCAGAAAUAGUGUUGGUAAGGAGGAAGAUAUCGAGGAGGAUGCUUUUGAAGCACUCUUUAAGCAGCUAGAGGAAGAUUUAAAAAAUGAUGGCUUAUCAUUUGAUGAUGAUGAUGAUGAAAUAACCGAGGAAGACCUCGCAAAGCUUGAACGUGAGUUGGAGGAAGCACUAGGGGAUGAUGAGCUAUUGGGAUUGUUUGAUGAUAUCGUGGAUGAGAAAAAUGAGGUGAGAGUCAAAGACAAGGAAUCGAUGAAUAAAAAAGAUAAAACGAUGAAUGAAACAACUGAGAAGGAAAUCAAAAGCAACAACCUGGAAGAAGAGGGAGAGGAGGAAGAGGAAGAGGAAGAGGAAGAGGAAGAGGAAGAGGAAGAGGCAGAUGGAGAUGGAGAUGGAGAUGAAGAAGGACCACUGGAACUCAAAAGAUGGCAGCUUCGGAGAUUGGCUUAUGCACUUAAAGAUGGACGGCGUAAGACUAGUAUCAAGAAUCUGGCUGCAGACUUAUGUCUUGAUAGAGCUAUUGUUCUCGAAUUACUUCGUGACCCCCCUCCAGAUCUUCUUAUGCUUAGUGCCACAUUACCUAAUAAAGCCGAUCCAACAAUAUUGGAACCUGUAAUCAAAGCUGAGGAUGUUGCUCUGUUGGCAAGUGAAAGAGAUGCACUAAAUGACAAGGCCACCACAAAAGUUCCAGUUCAUCAAAUGCAAAGUAGCUGGUCUGCUCAAAAGCGACUGAAGAAAGUGCAUGUUGAAACACUAGAGAGAGUUUAUAGACGAUCAAAACGUCCCACAAAUGCCCUGAUUAGCAACAUUGUGCAUGUGACAAAAAUACCUCGCAAGAAAGUCCUGAAAUGGUUCGAAGAUAAGCGUGGUGAAGAUGGUGUUCCUGAUCAUCGCCUACCUUAUCAACGGGACGCAGAAGCUGAAAACGAGUCUGAGAUCAGCCAUGGCAACACUAAAGAGGUCAGAAAAGUCAUUUAGAAGACAGGGUUCAUCAGGGUCGGUAUGGGAUGGCAAAAAGUUAACCGAAGGGGUGAACCAAUUGAUGCGGAAAGAAGGUAAUUGUGAAGAUCACAGGCAACUUCGGCCAUGCUAUAGUAUUAGUGGUGGAGUGACAGAAGGCUCGUUAUCAAACGUUGAGCCCAGGGUUUACGCCCGAAGCCUCUCCACACCUUCUCCGAUCGUGGGUGAUUCGGGGAAGUUACUGAACGAUGGUAAAUGAGUUUGAAAAUUUGUGAAAUUUAAGUUGAUAUAUGUUUAAUCUUUGGCCUUGGGUGGUCAUGUAUUAUUUUUCAUUGUUAAUGGAAGUCAUGCGUCUUAUAUUGCA